UUGCAGAGUCUCCAAAGCCAGUUCCCAAAGCCCCCAUCCUAUCUCACAGGAUGCUGCUUGCCCCCAUUCCCAGUUCCUAUAGGACCUGCUUGGGGGUGGCGGGAUGCCCUAGACAGAAUGUGACCUGGGGAAGGGAGGGACAUGUACUGGCUGCAGCAGCCUGGCUCUCUAUCACCUCACCAGACCUCACCCUACCUUCAUUGCCAGUGCAGUGGCUGAGACUCAGGUGGUUUGGUGGUGAGAAGUCCUUCAGAGUGAAGCUGGAAAGUGGAGGGCCCUGAUGUGGCAGGGGUCUGGUGGUGUGGGAGGGGAGUUCUCAUGGGAUUGGCCUGGUCCAGAGGUAGAGCAGGGGGCUCAGCUGAGCUGGGAUUGUAAUGUGUUGGGGGAAGUGGUGGUUCCCAGGAGGCUCAGAGAGGGCUGUUCCGUGAUGCUGGCUCCUGGGACCGCAGGGGAGAUCUGGCUGGAAUCCAGCCGGACAUCCUUAUGUAUGUCUAUCAAUAAGUCUGAACCUCCUUGUGUGUCUGCAGGACUGUCAAACACCUGUCCUUUUUACCUCCAAAAAGACCAGACCCAGACAAACCAUAUCAGACAAUUCUGGGGAGAGACCCAAGAAUAUACGUGGUGAAGAACUCUAGAGGAAGGAUGACCCAAAAUAUGGUGACUGUGAAUGGAGUCGAUGUGGCCUCUACGCUGUCCCAGCCCACUCACAUCAACAUCCACAUCUACCAGGAAUCAUCUUUGGCACAAUUGUUCAAAGCUGGGGCCUCCCUGAAGGAGCUUUUUUCUCAUCCUCUGGACACUAGCCCUUUCAAGGCCAGGAUGAGCUAUGGGCAGCUGGCACUGGGGGUGACCCAGAUAUUGCUGGGGGCUGUGAGCUGUGCCCUUGGAGUGUUGCUGUGCUUAGGGCCCUGGAUAGAGCUGUGUGCCUCAGGCUGCGCCUUCUGGGCAGGGUCUGUGGCUAUUGUAGCAGGAGCUGGGGCCAUUGUCUAUGAGAAGCACCGGGGAAAACUUUCAGGCUGCAUAUCAGGUCUGCUCAUGCUGGCUGGUGUCGCCACAGCCAUGGCUGCUGUUGUCCUUUGUGUGAAUAGCUUAACCUGGCAAAGUGAUGGCUUCUAUGACAUCGACUAUGUGUGUGAUUACCCAGAACCUGCUGCCACAACCACUGGGUACCAAGAGACAUGGCAAAGAAGUCACAAGUCACAUUGGACAGAGGAUAGAUGUAAAACCUACAUGCAAAUACUGAUGAACUUGUUCCUAGGAAUCCGUGCUCUGCUCCUGGCUGUCUGUGUCCUGCAGGUCAUUGUAUCCUUGGCUUCCCUGAGCGUGGGUCUUCGAAGCUUGUGUGGCCAGAGCUCUCGGCCCCUGGAUGAGGAAGGGGCAGAGAAGGAGCUACUGGGAGAGAAUUCAGUGCCUCCCUCUCCCUCCAAGGAGAAGACCAUGGAUGCCAUCAUCCUGUGAGCCGCCAAAGACCCUGCCUGGGCUCCCACAUGUCCCUGAUGGGAGUAGCCCAGCGCUACUGGGGAGGACAGCACCCACUCCCCAGGACUCCUUGCUGACCUGCCCUUCACACUUGCCUCUCUUUAGGCCACUGUCCCGGCCCUCCUCCUCUCCCCACUGUUCCCAUUGCAGUGGCCUCAAGUCAUUGAACAGGUGUUGUCGCAUUUUCUCCAGCGCUAAUUAAACAGAAACAACAGGAAAAAUCAUUUUGCCCGGAAAAGAUGUGGUCUCCCUUUGUUUAUGCACACAGUGUGCUGUGAAGCGACUUACUCUGUGUUGAUACAUAUUGAAUUA